AUGAGUGUGGAGCAGCAGCACCGGCAGGCCAGCCUCGCCCUGGUCUGCUCUCUCGCAGCGAUGGCGAUCAUCAUCCUUCCAUGGGCGAGCCUUUGCGGAGCUCAAAACGUGACGGUGGUGCUGGAGAACUCGGCGCCCGUGAACACGAACUUCUCCACAUUCAGCCGGCUCCUCUCCAUGACCAACGUCACCGCAGAGAUCAACAGCCGCUCCUCGCUCACCAUCCUCGUCCCGGACAACUCCAUCCUCGACAGCUACGUAGGGGCCAACCUCGAGGGGAUGCACGUCUGGGCCGUGGCCGACUUCUGCCGCUACCACGUCCUGCUCCAGUACCUCGACACCCAAGAGAUCAUGCAGAUGACCAACCAGUCCGGGCUGCUCAUCACCACGCUCUACCAGACCACUGGACGCGCCGAAGGGAUCGAUGGCUUCGUCAACAUGACCUUCGGGAACGACAUCCAGUUCGGGCUCCCGCCACCCCACGCCUCAGGUCCCGUCGCCACCGUUCUCAAUAACUUCGUGCGCUAUCCUUACAACAUGAGCUUCAUGAUGAUCAGCAAGCCUCUCAUGCCCGUCCGCCUGGCGCAGAUGAACAGGCCCGACCACUUCCCCAGCAUCUCCAACGCGCUCUUCAAAGGCAACAUCUACAAGACGUUCCAGAAGUUGAUGCAGGACACCGGGACGCUGGCGGCGGCCGAGGACAUCGAGCACCAGCCCUUCACCAGCGGGGUGACGGUGUUUGCUCCCACCGACAGCGCGUUCCAGAACCUCCCCAGUGGAUCUCUGGCAGCGCUCACGCAGUCGCAGCGCCAGUUGCUCGUCCGCUACCAUCUCCUGCCGUCAUUCUUCACGUUUGGAUCGCUCCGGACGCUGAAGGCUCCGCUCACGACGCUGGCCACGUCUAACAGGAACUUUGAGGUGAAUGCCAGCGGCGAGGGGCCUUCCGGGGGACUGGCGAUUGCGACCGGGGUGUCCACCGCAAACGUGAUUGCCACUCUCUUGGAGGACGACCCAGUCGGGGUGUAUGCUCUGGACGCGGUGCUUCUUCCACCCGAGAUCUUCCCACUCCACUCCACGCCGCCCGCCAGCAUUGCACCGUCGCCUGCUCCUCCGGCCACCGUUCCGCCACCAAAGGCUGUUCAAGCGCCAGCUCCGGCUCCAAAGCCGGCUCCGCCACCUUCGCCUUCGUCUUCUCCUUCUCCACCACCCUCGGCUACGUCUCCUCCUCCCGUGCAGAGCUCAUCAAAUUCCUCCUCGUCGAGCUCCUCGAGCUCGUCUCCGGCAGCCGAAAAUGGGACAAGUGCCGAGGCCCCAGUCGCCGCAGAAGGUCCGCUGGCGGAAAGGUCCGACGCCCGGAAGUUUGGGUUUACGACGCGAUACUGGGACCUGGAACACUCCUUGACGCCAGCGCAUCUGUCUACAAAUGCAAGGGUGGUGCUGGAUCACUCCAAGACUGUAGAGACUAGUUCAGAGAUGCCAGCCGUCCGCGGCCGAGAAGAGGCGGGAGGUGCGAGAAGCGCGGCAACAGGAAGGAUCGCGAGUGGAAGGCUGGAAGGGCAGCUAAAGGUGACAAGAGAAGAUGAAGCAGGAAGAGGAGAAGACGAAGCAAAUGGAGAUCUACGCAGAGCUCGUCCGUGGUGGGACGAAGCUUCCGCGGCAAUGCCAUGUUAUGACUUUAAUCGAAUCUAA